AUGUACUCUGCUAGUGGGGUUGGUAUUACUGACGGCCUGGCUUCUAUAAGCCAUUUGGAUAUUCUAUACUGUGCUGUCUCUGUAGACACUCAGUAUGUAGCCUUGGGAGAGAGACGCGGGCCAGGGGUAAUGCCAACCGAAGCAGAGCCGAUUCAUAGAGAGAGAGGAAGCCCUGAAUCCCACCACUCCAUCACCCCCGUAGGCUCGCUGCCUUUACCGGGGACCACGCUCGGCGAACCGACCAUUGAGACUUUUGAGCUCUUGAGUGCCCUCUCCUCAAGUCUAGACUCCGAGACUUCCCCAUCCAUGGGUCUUCGCAAAGACAGCGGCACGGCCGAUGCUCCUGGAGAUGAUAUUGAGUGCCUAAGGAAGGAAUUAGCCGAGCUGAAAAGGGAAAGGCAAGUUCUCCAGUCGAAGAUGGAGGAAGCCCAAAGGAAGGCAGCAGAUGCCGAGGAACAGCUCUGUCGGCUUCCUAGUAAGGUCCGGAAGGCUCUUAAAUCCUCCAAAACAACCGAAUUCUCUGAGUCCUUAUUCGACUCGAUCGUACCGGAGAGAGAGGUAAGCAAGGAGGAGGCAAGACAGGCGUCAGGCAUUGCAGCCCGAUCUACUGGGCCCUCUCGUCAAGCCACGCGGACCGUGGCCCCUUCGAAGUCAACGUCAAUGCCUCGAGCCAAAUCGAAAAGAUUUACCCAGUCGUUUGCGGACCCUACUCCGUUCAUGCAACUGUCGCAGGAAGAAGCACCCACGGAGAUGGCCAAAGAAGAGGCCCCAGAGGCGGACGAGGGGCCUCCCCUGCGUGCACGGGCCCUACCACCGAAGGACGGAGGACAACAGGAUGAGAAGAAAAGCGAAGUUAGCAGAGUUUCAGGUAGAGAGGAAGAGCAAGCGGAGGUAGAGACAGAAGCUCCCGCGCCAAGGAGCGAGUCAUUUCCCGCAGAGCCAGAGCCGAAACACGAGACGGAAGUACAGGCGGCAGCAGCAGCAGCAGCAGAGGAAGAGAGCAAGCGGCUAUCAAGGCCUCCCUCUCGUGAACGUUCCCUUCGGUGGCUGAGGAAGCGGCUUAGCCACACUGCCUCUUUAAACGAAGAGCCAGAACAGCGGUCGCAGCCUCUGCUCGCCAGUAACAUUCUUUCUUCGAAGGACUGUGUCAAGUGCGACGCUCUAAGUCAGGAGAAGAAAACACUGCAGGUCCAACUGGAGAGAGCCAAGUCCCGCUGUGGCCAUCUGGAGGCAGAAGCUCAGGAGGCCCUUGAGAAGCGACGUGCCCUUAUCGAGAAAACUUGUGGUACAGAGGACCGCGCUACGGAUGGACCAACUCCAGGCCAAGUACGAGUUAGCAAUGAAAGAGGCAAGUGCAUACAGAUAUACGAUAUACGAAAGGGCAUUAUGUAUGCGCUUGCCGAAGGCGAGACUUGUUCCGAAAGGAAGGGAGCUGAGGUAGCAGAUGGCAAUCGCAAAGCACAGCGUGCGCGGAUCUUUUAUUAUGGGCGCCGGAAGGGCCUUGAGAUGCGCAUUGCGGCCCUAGUUGACAAGGUGCACGAGCUGGAGACAUCCGAGUCGAUACCGGGAGUCUCUUUGGCUGGAUUGCCUCAUGUCUUUGUAAAGUAUCGGGAGAACAUUGAUAAGCCAGAAGAUGAUGCAUCUAGCGCGCGGCAGACUGUGCUGGUCCCUGCAUACUUUUUUGAUGAGGAGGCGUUGGUGCGUGCUCGGGAAAAAGCGGAAGGCAAUAGGAGGCGACUUUCCGUGGCAAAACCAGCUCAGCUCUUUGAUGAGGCAGCAGCUGAGAGGACCGUAGCAAGAAAAUCAGCAGCAGCUGCAUCGUCGGGAGAACAAAGCAGAGCUGUCCCUUCCAACUUGUUUAAUGAGGAGCCAAUGCGCAAAGCCAAAAAAAAGGCUGAGAACCUCCGAACGGAGCAGACAACAGCUCUUCCUGCCUCUCUCUCCAAGGAGCCGUCAGAAAUUUCUCAUAAAUCAACCGUGGUUGUUCCUUCAAACUCUUGCGGGGAGAGAGAGUCCGAGAACCCUCUGCAACAACAGGCGACUAGCAGACAGUCCUCUCUCUUUUCACGCCCGCUUCUCGACAGCUGCCCUAGGCAAACUCAGGAGGAACGUCCUCAAGCAGAAUUGACCGUGGGGCCCUCAGUGGAAGACGCUGGACAUGCGUUCAGGAGGACUGCUCCCGUAGAGAUUCCCGAAUCAGACAGUGAAGACAUCUUUCCAGAAGCACCCCAAAUCGAAGGGACCCGUGUCCGUCCCCUCUCAAGGAGUGCUAGCACGCAAAUGCAAGACAAUUGGACAAGCAGUCUAAAAGGAGGCACGUUACCUAGCAAGAACCGACCAGCAAGCCCACUGAUGUGCAGAGAAUGA